UCAUAUUGUGCGCAUUAUUUUAAUUACGAUUUUGGCUGAGUAAUUUUGUAAUUAUCGAAUCUGUGGUGUAUCGACAAAUUACUAUGCUGCUAAAACAUCAUAAUUGAAUAAAAUUUUAUUAUUACGUGCUAGCGCAUAAAUUGUAUCCGGCGCAGUAAAAUUCUGAUCAUCAUACCAAUUUUGCUUUAUAAUCAAUUGCUACACAAUUCCAAUUACCUUUUUAUAUUCUAUGAUAAUUGUGAAUUAUAAACCGAUUAGGAAGAAAAGCUUGCGUUUUGUCGUUGCAAUACACUUAUACACGUUAAAAUUAUUAAUAUUUUGGUUAACACAACAGAAACUGUACAACUUUCUCGUUUUUUUAAAAGGAUUUGGCAAAGUAUUGGUUUGUAACUUCGCGACACGUCCCUCCUCUGCAAAAUACUUUAAACCUUGAAAAUUUUUUACAUACACCGUAACUAUUACCAAAGCUUUAAAAACUAUUAUCAAAAUGUUUGAAGCGCGUUUGAGCCAAGGAGCACUUCUUAAAAAAUUACUUGAGGCCAUUAAAGAACUUGUAACAGACGCAAACUUUGAUUGUAAUGAGACGGGUAUUGCACUUCAAGCUAUGGAUAACUCGCACGUCGCGUUGGUAUCUCUUUUGCUUCGUUCAGAAGGCUUUCACCCAUACCGAUGUGACCGAGGUUUCUCUUUGGGCGUUAAUUUGAAUUCUUUAAGCAAGAUAUUAAAAUGUGCUGGAAACGAUGAUAUUAUUACUUUGAAGGCUGACGAUAAUUCUGCUGAUAGUUUAAGUUUAUGCUUUGAAAGUCCAAGUAAUGAAAGAGUCAGCGAAUAUGAAUUAAAGUUGAUGGACAUAGAUCAAGAGCAUCUUAGUAUUCCUGAAACUGAUUAUGAAGCAACUAUUGUUAUGUCUUCUGUCGAAUUUCAAAGAAUCUGUCGUGAUCUGAUGGUUAUUAGUGAAUCAGUGAGCAUUGAUGUUGCAAAGGACGCGAUCGUAUUUUCUGCAGAGGGUGAAAUGGGUACUGGAAGUGUCAAAUUGAAACAAAAUCCAUCAGUUGACAAGCCAGAAGAACAGGUUACGAUCGAGCUUAAUAGCUCAGUUUCGCUCCAAUUUUCUCUUAAAUAUCUAAUGAAUUUUACGAAAGGAACUCCCUUAUCCGAUCAAGUUAUGCUUGGUCUUUCAGAAAAUAUGCCUUUGCUGGUGGAAUACAAGAUGGAUGAUGCCGGCUAUAUUAGGUUUUAUCUUGCACCAAAAGUUGGUGAGGAAUAAAAUGAAUGAAAUUAGGAUAUUCAUAUGUAAGGUCUAUAAUCUUAAAAUUAAUAUAUAAUUUGGCCCGAACUAUGAUUUUAAAGUCAUUGUACCAUAUUAUAGAUAAAUUUGUAUAAAAUGGCUGACCUUAAAAAAAAUUGAGUAUAUAAAAAAAUAGUCGAAAAAAUGUGCGCAGUGCGCACAAAUUAUACUGUGCACGAAAGGUUUUUGUUAAUAUGUAUCAUGUGUUUGUAAAAUGUUUGUAACAUGUGCUAUUUUUGUAUGACCAUCACGGAGACGUCGGAAUUGGAAUUAAAUCUUGUUUUCUUAUUUUGUCAAAACUAUGACGGACAUGGGGA